AUGUCCUCCAAAUUUUCUGUUCCAGAGACGGCUUCUAGCGGUCAGGUUCAACGGUCAGGUGAAAGCGUGGGAGAUGACUAUACCUCGUCGAUCUUGGAAGAUCUUCGCCGAUUGCGAACUGGAAAGCGAGGCCGAACCCCAAUCGACCCCGCGCAAAGAGGCCUAGCGGAGAGACGCCGGAAUCAAGUCCGAAAAGCACAGCGGGCCUACAGAAAUCGGAAAGAGCAGGAAGCUGCUUUUCGCACGAACUACGUGGCGGAUCUUGAAAACCGAAUCAACAAUAUGAGACAGUCAUUUUUUGAUCUAAUAUCCGCUAUUAAAAAGGCGUCAAUUAUCCAGAGGCAUCCCGAUCUCGCGGACGAACUCAACAAUAUCACCCGCGACUUCUUAUCUGCUUCUCAAAUCAUCAAGCCUCAUAGCGAAUCUCAACGUGGCGGUAGACGUGUUGAUCAUAACUCAAGGGACGGUUCCCAUCCAUCGAGGCUAGGCGACUCUUCCAAUAUCUACGCCUCUUGCGCUACGGUAUCGCCAGUAUCAGCCUCUGUGCCUAUCGGAAUGUCAAUGCCCAUUCUUGCGUCACACUUGGAGCUGUUUCCCUCUCCGUCCUUCGGAACCAGGACCCUGCUGCCGAGGAAUUUCUCUCAGCGCCUCUAUUUUAGUUGCAUCAAGCGCGCUUACCACCUGCUCACCAGUCCAUAUGCGGACAGGGCGGAUGUCACCCGCGUCUUCCAGUAUUCUUUCCAAUAUUCGGAUACCGACACGAUGAUUUCGACCUUCGACACCUUGCUGCGGACCAAUGCCGAUUAUCAAACCGCAUAUGUCUAUAGGUUGGGUGGCGCCGGGACUCACUACCAAAAAGUGCAGGCAGGAACGAAUAUUGUCCAAAAUGUUCCGUUAAGUAAACAGACGCCAUUUAGGAAUGAUGAGGACACGUGGUUUGAUCCGCGGGAUAUUGAGGGGUGGCUCGAAGAGAAUGGACUCGUUAUUGGAGGCGCCCAGUCAUACAUGUAUCUGUCGGAAUUCCGUUCCCUUGGGCCGUGCAGGGACAUGACACUGUGUCCAGGACCUGAGUCCCCUGAGAUUUUGGACUGGGAUAUUCGGCCAGGUGUCAAGAUCCUUAACGUGGACCAAUUUCUUAAAGGUUUGUCUUUGGUACGCCUCCUCUACUUUGCACUAUGA